CAAAAGAAUAGUUAAUAUCAGUAAAACUGAAGACGAUGUACAUCUAGUGCAUAGGGAAAUGGCAAAUGGAAAACAUACAAAAUCUGUUCAGGUCGCAGAGUGGAUGGGAAGAAGAGAGGCAUGGUCAGCGGAGAAGCCAUCCGAUACACGAACGAAGCCCACACGCUGGGAGUUCCGGGAUGGCCGUGAACAGUCUGACGAAAACCUAGAAAUGCAGCACGCUGGUAUCGAUAACGAUAACACGCGCACCCAAUCAGCCGAAUACCAGCAACGACGCGUUCGCAUCAAAAACAACCGCACAGCCAAAGAAGAGCCUCAUCAUAGUUUCCAUAACUCUAGAACUAAUUUAAUCAACGAUCGUGACGUGUACAUUGAAGAUGUAUUAGAUGAUCAGCACCUAGCUGAGAUCAAAGAGAACUUUACCCGCGGCAAGGGCCAACGAAAUUUGGAGCACACUCGCAUGAAGAAUUACGAUACGGAAACUCGACAAAUCGACGAUGAUUCGAUGCGUAGACAUGAAAUUGAGCGUGGCAGUGACAUCGAUCUAAAUACUGCACACAAUAGUCUCAAGAAUAAGCGAGAGCUGUUCAUUAAGGAUGGAAAUGUGGAGAUAUUGCAGCUAAUGACCAGGGACAAGACGCAAAAUGGCGCAGGUGGCAUGGACGAGGAUAACAUCUAUGUGAAUGUCCCGAUGAAAACGUCCACGGAUCUCACACAUCCACAACUGUUGAUGGUCGACAACACGGGCAAGGAGAUACUCAUGCGACGUUUCAUUGAGGAACAACCAGAUGGCAAGCAAAUCAUUCGCGAACAUUAUCACAUUGUGCCAGGAGCCACAUACAUUCAAUCUAUGCCAAAUGAGAUCCAACAGGGCUCAACACUCAAAGGCGAUACGUUUCCCUUUGGCAAAUCGGGACCAAAUAGCAUAGUCUACUCGCAAACAGAACCUGAGGUGAAAGUCAUACACACACAAUCCGUGCAAGCAGCGGAAGGAGGCGCACAACUUCAGCCUGCCAUAUCGAAUCAAUCACUAACCCAGGAGCUGGAGAAUUCGUUGAAGCAACAGAAUGCACUCUUGCGACAGAUACUGAUGGAGAAGGAGCUGCUGGAGACGAGGUACACCCAGCAUGAGCUAGUUUUAGAAACACAAAGUCUUCCAGGUCAAUCGAUGGCCAUUGGCACACAGACGGACUGCGAUGCCGGCACUCAAACAGAGCCAGCUGAGAGCUACGUGGAAAGGACCUCCGUGAGCUCACAGGCACAAGUGGGAACUUCGACACGACGACGUGCGCGCAGUGAGAACGAUGACUCCAUGUCCGAGGAUGAGUACAGAUAUGUGCGGUUUAGUCCGCCAAACAGUCCGGAGGGCGUCUAUUGGAUCAAGCGACGGCGUCCCAAGAAACGUUCUCGACUACGAGAGGGCACACGACCGGGAAAGCGCAUUGUUAUGGUUGAGGAUGUGAAGCGAAAGAUCAGAACGCCGAUUAAGGAGGAGGAGGAGGUCUAUGAGAAAAAGCGUGUUCCACCUAAGAAACCCUUAAGGGAGACUAAGACAAGCAUUCUGCGCAAACAGCUGAGCGAUGAGAGCCGCAAAAACGAAAGCAUCUCACACAAGGAACCACAUAUUGUAAAUCACAGACACAAGUCCGAAGCGCUGAGUCGGGAAGUACUCAUGGAAAUCUCGGAUUCUUUAGAGCUGGCGAGACGGCAUAGAUCGCGUAGCAUUCCAGUGCAAGAGUACUACAACAACUCUGAUGCUGAAGUCGAUGAGAAUGAGACUGAAUACUUCAUUGACUCGGACGAAGAUGAGAUUGUGAUUAGAACAAAUGCCCACACAACAGGUUAUCCACUUGAGCGAGCAGAGGCGUAUGCUAGAAAGGUUAGAGAUGCAGAAAGAGAAUCUGAGCUGCAUCAGAAACACAGCACAUCCCACCAAACUAAGCAGAGCAGCAGAAGAUCUCCGUCAGAGUCACGCCACGAAAUUGAGCCGGAAAUCAAGCCAAGACUAUCGCGACGAGACAGCUCGCGGCGUAGCCAAGAGUCCCGAAAGCAAUCAUCCUCAGAGCCACCACACAGUCGUUUGUCCAUAUCGAAAUACGAAAGCGCCGUCGAAGAUAAUGGCAGAAAUGGUCACCCAGCUGAGUUGUCCGGCUCGAAGCGUCGCUCCUCCAAUGAACGGUAUUAUCAGAGCGAAACGGAGCACAAUGUCUUUAGUCGGUUUUUUUUACUGAUCAGAGAAAAAUUAUAG